AUGUCGCCUAACAUCUCACAUCGUCGUCAUCCUUCGGCUCCUCCAGCAGUCGUAGUUCAAGCAACGAAAACACCUGGCUUGCUUUUCAUUUCAAAGCAGGCUUCACGACCUUCAACUCCUCGCAAUCAUCAACAGCUUCCUCAGAAGCAGCAUCGGUCUCCAAAGCCGAAGCAGAAACAGCUCGUUCCUCAGUCACAAGGCCGUGCAACACAGCCUCCAAUCUCAGAGUCAUCCGAUGAACCUACUAAGCCUCCUACCCAGAAAAGUCAUUCCGAUGUUGUCUCGAAACUAGCUGUUCACCCGGCUAUAAGCUCUUCUUCGAAUGCGCAAGCGCGACGCAGCAACAUUCGUCAACCUUCACCACCUAUUCUCUCGCAGGCUGAGGGUAUAACUUCUUCGACACAAACUUUUACCCAUCACAGCAACAAUCCUGCAUCCAACUCUUUUGAUCCCUUCGUUGUCAGUUCCGAUUCUGAUUCGGAUAACUCGCUUCCACCCAUGACUUUGACGCCCAAGAAUCCUUCCUUGCAAGCUCCUUCCCUGACUUCUCAGCCUACUGGAAAGCUUGCUGCUCGUCGCCGUCGCCCUUUCCCGCAGCAAAUUGCCACACCCACCCCUUCCACUCGAGCAGUUCCUGUCCCUAGAUCUAAUAUUCAGCCCACUCGUCACAAUCUCUCUCGUUCAGCUCCGAGCCAAUCUGCUGCGCCACUCAGAACCGCACGGCGCACUUCCGCCGGCUCUGCCGUAGAUUUCCCAGUUUGCGAUGACACCACUGAUGUUGAUGAUGAUCAUUCUCCUCCAUCAACCCCCACUCGCGAGAGAUCUGCUGGGACUCGUCAACGACUCGUAUUUGAGGAAAGCCCCCGCACAGCACCGCUCAAUACGAGCGCAGGGUUUCCAUUUGGUGGGCAGUUGAGCUGCAACACUCCGUCUCCAUCCCGCAAACAUUACAGGACGCCCAGUGAUGGUAUUUUUCACAUGUCCUUGGACGAGGACAUGGCAUCGACUUCUGAUACUUCUGAGGAGCAGAAAGAAGUUUCUGGGUCAGUUGGACCGAGCGUUACCCGCGCUGUUAAGGACAAGGCUGGGUUCUUUGCGAGUUCAGUGUUCCAAAACUCGCCGAGCCCCGACGAGUUGCCUCCGCCCGCUUUUUGA